AUGGAAGUAGAAAAUACGGAAAAAGACGUGAGUAUUGACGUAGGAACUUUGUGCGUGUUUGAUGAUACUCCAGUGGACAUUCAGAGUUUAAAAUCAAACGGGAGUGAUUACUUGAAAUUAUUGACCCAGAGCAACACGCAAUUUUUAAUAAAUAGAAUAUGGGAGUUGCCAGUGAAGCGUGUUGACGAGUCAAUUGUUGCUGAGCUUCCUAAGCCGCAGACAAGCUUACCACGUGGAAGAGUAGUUCCCAAACCUAAACCGCUGACCAAGUGGGAAAAGUUCGCCAAGGAGAAGGGAAUCCGCAAGCAAAAGAAGGGCAAGUCCAAGCUGGAAUGGGACGAGGAGCUCGGUAAGUGGAUCCCGCUUUUUGGAUAUAAAAAAAAUAAAUCCCUGGAGCAGAAAGACUGGUGCGUGGAGAUCAACGGCAAGGAUGACAACCCAAUCCAGGCUGCUCUUAAAAAGAAAGAGGAGCGAGUUAGCAAGAACGAGCUCCAGCGACUCCGGAAUAUUGCGAAAGCUAACGACAUCAAGCUGCCCAAGGUCGGACUUCCGAGUGACGAGAAGUUCUCCAGCUCCAAGCAGCUCGCUGUGGCCACCACUGUCGCCAGAGUCUCCACGGCUUCUGUUGGUAAGUUCCAGGGGAAGCUGCCCAAGGAGAAGGAUGCCAAGGAUAAGCUUCUUCACCAGGUCCCCGGGUUGAUCAAGAAGCGCAAGGCCGUUGCCAUGAACCCUAUUGAUGAGAGGAAGAUCAAUGCUUCGCUGGUUAAUGAUAUUAUUAAUAAGAAGACGAGUAAAGACAUUGUUAAUGUCCAGACUGCUGCCCAGGUCAUCAGGCAAGAAGACAGUGAGCAUUCUGCCAGGAAAAAGGGCAAGAAGGUUGCUGGAAGUAAGUCCGGGAAGAAACCUAAAGCUGAUUUAUUCGAAAGAGAACAACAUAUUACUUUGGAAAAUUUUAAAAGUUCACUUAAAGAAAUUACUAAGUCAGCUAAAUACUAUUUAGGAACAAUUGACAAUCCUAUUUACAAGUCAUACAAAAAUUGCGAUCCUGAAAGCUGGAAAGAAGGUGAACAUUACAUUCGAGUAAAAAAUUAUGUAGCUUAUUACGAUCCAUCAAUUACAUGGGAUGUAAAUAGAGGUAUGGUAAAUAUGACCAACGUUGACCCGGAAUAUGAAUGCAAUCCUGUUCGCGCUUAUUGGGACACUAAAAAUCCUAAAGGAGUUGUUUACAGUAUGGCGUGUCCUUACACUUUUGAAUACAAUUAUUCGAAAGAGAAAUUCUGUCCCAAAGUCAACAGAGACUAUGUUUUACCAGUACACAAUAAAAUGUCUUCAUCGUGUAUUGAAAACAAAGACAACAAGCUUCAAAAGUUGUGCGCAUGCGGACUAUCUUCAGACAUUUGGGACAGUGUUAAUACACUGAGUUUGAGGCAAUUUUUGGUAGACACCACGAAAGAUCAGUAA